UCUUCUACAAACUCGUUUUAAUGGCUCGAACGGACGGACGAACAUCAACCAAAUCUACAUACACACAAACGGUUUUAUCGUGCUAAAACACAUGGCUACGACCCGAACGUGUUAAUUGUGUUCUGGCCAUCGGACGAGCAGCAUCAUUCAAGAUGGGAACGACCAAACGUUUGGCCCAUUUGGUCGUGCUCUUGAUUAGCUUCCUGGCGGUAGAUUGCAUACGCACCGAGGACAGUAAGGACGUUUCGUACGCGCUCUACCGGGAGAAGUCCUUGUAUUUCGGAAACUCGUUUAAGCUUAACUGGUACAAGGCGUACGAGUACUGCCGGACGCGUGGCAUGUUUCUGGUGAGGAUCAACAACGACGAGCAGCUGAACGAUGUGGUGGAGCUGGUCGAAAAGACUGGCUUCACCAAAGCGAACGACGAACUGCAGCUGUGGACGUCCGGCAACGAUCUCGGCGAGGAGGGCCACUUCUACUACGCCUCGACCGGCGAACGGCUGACGUACACCCGCUGGCGGCACAACGAGCCGAACAACUACAAGCACGACUACUGCACGUACGAGAACUGCGUGAUCGUGGAGUACCUGAAGUCGAUGUCCCUCAACUACACGCUGGACGAUAGGUCGUGCAAGACGGAAUACUUUUUCGUGUGCGAAAGGCUGUUCGAUUAAAACCGGGCAUCCGCCCCGUGGUCAGGUGA